AGUACCGCUUGAACCUGGAGAGCUUCCUUUCAUAACAAUGAUUAGGGUCAAUCAAGGGCCGUUCCGCACUGGAGCCCUGAUCACUCCAAACAUAAUUUUAGGAUCUCACCGAAAUCGUGUAAACAAAAUUACACGGAUCCAGGUCGUAUUCAGAGAAUCCAAUGGCGAUGAUUGGCUAUCACCAGUUGCUGGGUAUUAUCUGUACGAAUCACAGCUAAUUUUGAAGCUGCAGCUUGCUAUCAGCGUCUCAAUUAGCCCAAUUACAAUAAGUCAUCCAAUCCCAGUUUCAAACGUGUCAGGUAUAUUCGUGGGAGCGAAUCAAGAAACUGGCAUGAUGUACCAGGUGCCCGUGAGGGUUCACAACCCACAUUGGUGUAAAGCAACCGGAUUCUUGCUUGAAAGCUGGGAGACAUGUUUCGGUGAAGAUGGCAACCUAUCGCCAGUUCUCUCCUCUACACACUUAGGCGGGGUAAUAAUUUACAACAACACUCUUCUUGGAAUAAGAACUAAGCGUAGCCACUCUUCAAGGGAACAGGCUCCACACUCUGUGGUUAUUUUAUUCGAGAUGGGCUCAUGGAUGAUACCACUGCAGAGCCUGGAAGGAAUCAACAAACUAUAACACAUUAUGAUAUAUUUUUAUGAUUAUUCCCUAAACUCAUGUUGUAGAAGUUUAUAAAUAUUAUUGAAGUGUU